AUGAACUCGCCGAUAUUAUCCAUCAGUGAUUGCUAUGUCCGUUGUUUGGGCAAGUUUCUGGAGCCUGUGGUUGGGGGCAAUUCUCACUGGUUGCUGUGCUGGCGUGCUUCAUUGCACGGCUGGAGGGCCGAUCAGUUUCACAGUCGCUGCGAUGGAAAGAACGACACCGUUACCAUUGUACGGAAAGAUACGUACGUCUUUUGCGGAUACUCUGAUAUUCCUUGGGGUAAGAAACUGACUCCCUAAUUCAGUGGCGUGUGUAGGGGAGGGGCCCGGGGGUCGGGCCCCCCUUAUUUUUAGACCAAACUGAGGCCCAAAGGGCCGAAAAAAAAAUUUGAGACCGGCUCCCCCCCUUAUUUCAGGGUAUGGAAAACCGGGUCCCCCUUUAUCUGUAGGUCUGGAUCCGCCACUGUUAUAUUUUCGUCCUUUUCAACUGCGACGUAAGGGCUUCACAAUAUGUUUUCCGAUCUACUUUAACUACUAGGUGACUGCGGAUGUAGGGAGGGGCCCGGGGGCCCGGGCCCCCUUAUUUUUAGACCAAACUGAGGCCCAAAGGGCCAGGAAAAAAAAAUGUGAGACCGGCUUCCCCCCUUAUUUCAGGGUAUGGAAAACCGGGUCCCCCUUUAUCUGUAGGUCUGUAUCCGCCACUGUUAUAUUUUUGUCCUUUUUAACUGCGACUUAACAGCUUCACAAUAUGUUUUCCGACCUACUUUAACUACUAAGUGACAGGGGAAAGGUACUUCGAAAAACGUGGGUCUCGGAAAGUUUUGGCCCCAUCUCGUAAUCUUGGAAGCAUUUUUGAUUGGUCGGUCGAAGUCUCGUUUUUCCGAGCGGUUUGCAGUUUCAGAUUUGUCGUUUUGUUUUAUUUGAUUUUCAAGAGUCGAGUUUUUCAGAGUUCAAGGGCUUCUAGAUUAUUAAUUACUCGGCCUUCUCGGUUACCGAGUCUCGGGCUCGGAUUUUAAACAACAACACUACAUUUUUUUUAAUUAUAUUGCGCUCUUUAUAUCAAAUUAUCACAUGAAAUUUUCGCGACACUUAAAUUUUCCCGGUUUUCCUAAAAUUUUAGAUUGGGAGUCGCUUUUAAAAUUUCGCGUUUUUGAGUAAGACACAAAAACUUAAAUUUUUUAUUUAAUCAAAUAAAUUGACUUCUUCUGCAAAAUGAUGCACUGGCGGGUAUUGUCCACGAUACCCACUUUAAAGAAGCCUCGCAAGUUAUGUCAUGUCUACUACCAGCUACAUCCCUUGUUAUUCCCGUUCUUCCUCUCAUCCUUUCACUUGCUUAAUUUUCGCAUUACUGUAUGUUCGCGACUCUUAUUGUUCGCGUCACUUUAAUUCGCAAAAAGUGUCGUGUAAUAAGGUAGUACAAUUUAACCCUAUUGUCAGUUGCUUAACCUCAAUGGGUUUAAUAUUUAUUCGUUUAAAUAAGACAGCAAAAGUGAAGCGAAUUCUGGUUGCUGCAAAAAAAUGACGUCAUUGUGAAAAUGGGAUAUUAUGGAAUACCUAGAGAAAAACACUCAUGGUAAAAAAAUAAUGGGAAUUUAAAAUAAGACACGUUAAAGUAUAUGUAUAUAUGAAAAAUUGAAAUCUUAUUUUAAGCUCGUAUUUUGUUAGGAAACAGUAAUAGCUGGGGCGAGACUACCAAAGCCGUUAUCUUUUCGCUCAACAACACUGAAGGGUUGGCACCGUUUGUGAGCAAGGUGAAGAAAGAAUACACAGGAAAGGCAAUUAGAAGGAAUUUAUAUGAUGGUCCACAGUUUGGUAAUGACAUCAUCAUUGCUGAUGAUGCCAACACUAGCAAAUACUCAAAAGCAGUCUUGGACAAGUACUACUCUGUUCCAGCUUCAGUGAAGAAUAGUGAUAUGGCCCUGGCCGGGACUAGUAUGUUCUUCAACGUUGAUUAG